AUGGGGGCCACGGGUAGUGGCAAGACAACCUUUGUCAACAUGGCAAGCGGCGACAACCUCGCCGUUGGGGGGGACCUUGAGUCAUGUACAAGUGUCGUCCAGAUGUGCAAACCAUUUGGACUUGACGGACGAAGGGUGAUACUGGUGGACACGCCUGGAUUCGACGAUACAAGAACAAAAGAUAUAGAUAUUCUUGCUAUGAUAGCGGCGUUCCUUACCACGACGUACGAAGAAGGAAAGCUACUAGCCGGUGUCAUUUAUAUGCAUCGUAUAUCAGACGUCAGAAUGGGCGGUUUGUCCGUAAGAAACUUCAGAUUGCUCCGCCGCCUGUGCGGAGAGAAGACGCUGAAGAAUUUAGCCAUCGUCACGAAUAUGUGGGGAGAAGUUUCCCAUUCCGUUGGAGAAGCUCGGGAGGCAGAGCUUGCUUCGAAGGAGAAUUUCUUCAAACCAGCUUUAGACAAAGGGGCAAUGCUGCUACGACACACCAACACCUUCGACAGUGCAGCGAAUAUACUUCGCCACUUUAUCCGUAGCGAACCACUCCCCCUCCAGAUCCAAGACGAAAUAGUACACAAACACAUGGAUCUUCCUGAAACCGCCGCUGGGGUCGAGCUCCACUCCGAGCUGCAGGCGUUGAUGAGGAAGCAUGAACAAGAGAUUCGCAUGCUGAAGGCUGAGAUGAGCGAAGCUUUGCGUCUCAAAGAAAACGAACUACGGGACGAGAUUCGUACUGAGAUACAUCAGCUACAGGGCGAAUCGAAUCGAUUUCGGCGUGACGCGCAAGAAAUGGCCUCCAAGUACGAAUCGGAGAAGAGCAGGCUCGAGUCCCAGAUACGGGAGAGUGCAGAGGCCGCCAAGAGGGAACAAGCGAAGCUAAUAAACGAGUAUGAAGGCAAGUUAUCGGAGUUCGAGAAGAAGAUACAAGAAGGGGCACCCGCUUGGGAGGUCGUGGAGUUGCGUAUGAAGAUCAUAGCGCUUGAGAAGGAAAUGGCGGACAUGCACCCUAACAAUGGGGGCUGCACAAUCUGUUAG